UCACGCUUACACACCAGUGCACGGCUCGGCCUAUGAGAUUGUAUGAGAUUUAUCCCCUCGGCCCUCCCAACUCUGGUUAGGAAUUGGUUAGAAUCGUCAUUGAAGUUGAUUGAAGUCGCGCGGGUGACGUACGGAUAUCAUAGAAAACAAGGACACGAAAAAUGAAUGAAAAUUUGCUGAAGCGGAUAAAGAGACAGUUGAACGCAAAGUUUUAUGUGAUGAACGACGCGUGGCUGAGAGAUUGCAUCGAAUUCUUUGUUAAGGACAAAGUUCCACAUGAAAUAACAGAUAGGCAUAUUUUCGAAUUCGUGGAGGGCCAAUGGCAAUUGAGUGAUCUAUGGGAAAUUAGCAAUGAGAAUGGAUGUCUGCCGAGGAAUCUGGUACAACAGACACGUACUGUAUUGACUGGUACCUACAUUCUCCAGGUAGACAAGAUGUAUGACAUAGCGAGUGCCAAGUAUAAGCAGCUUUGUGAAAUUCGCAAAAUCAACAAUAAGAACUUGGAAGUAAUAGACGAGGAGAAGCCGGCAGAGUGGCAGCCCAAAGGCAGGAGAAUGAUGCAGUUGUGUCUCACUGAUGGAGUGCAGGACAUCACUGCGAUAGAGUAUACUCCGGUCAACCAAAUAACUGGUAUAUUACUCCCUGGUUACAAGGUGAUGAUAAUCGGUCCAAUCGAUUGUAGACGCGGUAUUAUUCUCCUAGAAGACGGCAAGUACAAGGAAGUUGGCGGGGAAGUGGAAACUCUAUUGAAAUCCAAUGCGUUGGAGAAUGUCUUGGCAAGAGCUCUAGGAGAACCAGAAAACCCUGAUCCAUAUAAUGAUAAUGAAUCAUCCAGUAUCACAGAUCAAAAUGCUCAGAGCGUAGCUAAUCCUAAUCCUAACAAUAAUGACAGUUUUUUCGAUGAUAAUUUUGAAGAAGCUGUUGAUUUGGAAGCAGUGACAGCGAUCGAACAACGAAGUCAAGAAAUCAAUGCUGUUCAAGAACGCUUUGAAAGUACGUGCGGUCGCAGCCAAAUGCUUAAGAAAGAAACAAAUGAAAUUAUAGAAGAAACUUUGGAAGAUAUAGACUUUGAACCCUUAGAAGAUUGGCCCAGUGAUCCCCCAAGGCCCUCACGAGUAUCGCGAAUGGAGACUAAGAAAAUUGACGAAAAGGAUGAUGUAAUGAUAAUUGAACAAGCGUCAACAUCCACACGAGAUUUUUGUAACAAAUCACCACAUCUUACGAAUUCUAUUCAGAAUCAAAAUUUUUCAGAAUUUCCGGAUGACGAUUUUGAUUUCGAUGAUUGCGACAUUAUAAUUAAAACGAAGGAAUCGCAGAGCCAACAAAAUGAAAAUCCUUUAAAGAAUAAAACCGAAAUGUGUCCUUCGUCAGUAAUGCCUACAAAAUUGAUGAAAUGCAAUGCUUCAGUGGAAGUUAAGAAAUGUACAUUCAUAAAAACGGCACAAAACGAGAAAUCAAUGGUCAACACUUUGAGGGCAAUACAAGUGCCGAAGACUAAAACUAUUCCUAACUUUUUCGAACCUCCAUCAGCUUCCAAAAUCUGCGAUAAUCUGAGCGAUGUGUUAUGCGAACCUAUCACGGGAAAAAUAUAUAAAACAGUGAGAGGUCAAGUGAAGAGCCAUUCGGCGUUAACGAAACAGGGUAAAUGCUGGUCGGUAACGGCACUGAUCACGGAUCACACUUCCAGUGUAGAAGUCUGCUUCGAUUCUGAGAUUCUGGAGGAUUUUCUUGGAUUCACUGUACAAGAAUUUUUGCAGAAAAAGAAACUUGCCAAAAUGGAUCCUCAAGCAGACAAAGAACUACGACUGAGUCUACGAAAGGCGCAACAUGAGAUUCAGAAUCUGGAUGCAUUGUUGAAAUUAGAAUUGACUCAAGAUCAAAUACCCAAAGUCAUUGGUAUCACACAGUUGAAUGCGCAUCAAAAGGAAGCCCUUACGAAGAGGCCUGCGUAAAAUUGUAAAAUUUAUAAAUUAGAAGGUUUCUCAGAAUUCAAAAAUUUCAUAUUUUGUAUAAAUAAUAAUGCUGCAAUCAAAACUAUAGGUAGUAAUCGCAGGAAAUUAUAUCGUAUGUUUCAGGGAUUAAAUUAUAUUUUUAGAGAAUAUAUUUUUGUACAAUUUGUAAUAAAUGCCAUUUGUAAUAAAUAAAAUGAUCGGCACAAAACGAAUAAGCGGCGUCAUUAUCACUAUGUCCUAUUCUGUAUUAAAAAUUAGUUUUUUUCACGUGUUUUUACGUGUAAAGUAAAGAAAUCGUCGCUUACCAAAAGAAAACAAAUUCCGAUUAACGAAUUGCAUGAUCAUAGUAUUUAUUAACUGGUACAAUUGAU